AUGCAUUAUCGUUUUAUAAGAGAUAGUUUUUUCGGCCGGAUGGUCUAUCAUUUAUCUGGCAAGAAAGUCUUCACUCACAAAGAAGAAGCUGCCGACUACGUUCCCGCUGAGAAGUACCUUCCAGACUACAAGGCUCCAAGCAAGGAACUUACAGAGGAUUCAGAUGUUGCUGCCGGUGAAACGGAAGCAAAAGAAUUGGAUGCCACUUCUGCCGCUUCUAGCGAAACCGUUGCAAAAGACACAAAUAUCUACGUUGACUGGGACGGCGAAGAUGACCCUGAAAACCCUCAGAACUGGCCCUUCAUCCAAAAGGCGUUCUUCAUUUUUGAAAUUGCAUUCUUGACCACCUCUGUCUACAUCGGCUCAGCUGUGUAUACCCCGGGUAUCGAGGAAAUUAUGGAGGAGUUCCAAAUCAGUCAGACCUUGGCCGCUUUACCAUUGUCCAUGUUCGUCAUUGGUUAUGGUAUUGGCCCAAUGGUUUUCUCCCCCAUGUCUGAAAACGCUAUUUUUGGUAGAACUUCUAUUUAUGUGGUGACGUUAUUCAUCUUCUUCAUUUUACAAAUCCCAACUGCAUUGGCAAAGAACAUUGCCUCCUUGAGUGUUUUGAGACUUCUCGGUGGUGUCUUUGCUUCUCCUGCUUUGGCCACUGGUGGUGCUUCCGUUGUUGAUGUGUUGGCUAUGCCUUAUGCUCCUAUCGGUAUUGCUUCCUGGGCAAUGGCUGCAGUCUGUGGACCUUCUCUCGGUCCUUUGGUUGGUUCAGUGUUAACUGUCAAGGGUGGAUGGAGAUGGACUUUCUGGUUCAUGGCUAUCAUUAGUGGUACUUCAUUUAUUACUCUUCUCUUCUUCUUGCCUGAAUCUUAUUCCAAGACUCUUCUCUUGAGGAAAGCCAAGAGAUUGAGAGCAAAGACUGGCAACAUGAAUAUUACUACCGAAGACGAAGUUGCUAAUUCUAAGCUGACUGUUCGUGAAAUUGCUAUUGAAACGUUGUGGAGACCAAUUGAAAUCUCUAUCGCCGAGCCUGUGGUGUUGAUGAUCAACAUGUACAUUGCCUUGGUGUAUUCCAUUUUGUACCUUUGGUUCGAGGCUUACCCAAUUGCGUACCUUGGUGUCUAUGGAUUUACUUUGGUCGAGAUGGGUGUUUCUUACGUUUCCAUUAUCGUCGGUAUUGGAAUUGGUUGUAUUAUUUAUUUAUUGUGGGUCAGAAAAGCUUUCACUGCAAAAUUGUUGGCAGGUGAAAUGGUUGUUCCCGAAGUAUUCAUUCCAGUUGCUAUUAUUGGUGGUACUCUUAUGCCAAUUGGAACCUUCAUUUUCGGAUGGACUGUUGCAAAGGAUCUCCACUGGAUUGGAUCUUUGAUCGGUGCCGCUAUUUUCGCAGCCGGUGCUUUCCUCAUUUUCCAAACUUUGUUCAAUUAUUUGGGUAUGUCCUUCUACAGAUACUUGGCCUCAGUGUUUGCUGGUAAUGAUUUGUUCAGAUCUGUUAUUGCUGGUGUCUUCCCAUUAUUUGGACAUGCCUUAUUCAAUAACUUGAAAACUGAUAGAUUCGCAGUUGGUUGGGGAUCUUCCAUUUUGGGUUUCCUCACACUUGCUAUGUUGGCAAUUCCAAUCCUAUUCUACCUCAAUGGUCCUAAGUUGAGAGCUAGAUCCAAAUGGGCUAAUUAG